GAGGCUGCGGAUGGAGACAUGAAGCAGUAGUAGAUUUCCCCAAAUAGAGCGCUAGUGCUGUUCAUGUGAAAGCAUAGCAAGGACCGCGAAGCAGGUUAAGCUGGCGAUCGGUGGCUGGAAUGGCGAGGACACCAAUAGGUUGUGAACCGGUUGUUGGAUCGCUGACACCCUCGAAGAAGAAAGAGUACAGGGUGACUAAUAGGCUUCAAGAAGGCAAACGUCCCCUUUAUGCUGUCGUUUUCAACUUCAUCGACUCUCGGUACUUCAACGUCUUCGCUACCGUCGGCGGCAAUCGAGUGACUGUAUACCAAUGCUUGGAAGGUGGAGUCAUUGCUGUAUUGCAGUCUUACAUUGAUGAAGAUAAAGAUGAGUCCUUUUAUACUGUCAGCUGGGCAUGUAAUAUUGAUGGGACCCCAUUCUUGGUUGCGGGAGGAUCUAACGGAAUUAUCCGUGUUAUUGAUUCUGGCAAUGAGAAGAUACACAAGAGCUUUGUUGGUCAUGGAGACUCAAUAAAUGAAAUUAGGACUCAACCGCUGAAGCCAUCACUUGUUGUAUCUGCAAGCAAAGACGAGUCAGUUCGGCUGUGGAAUGUUCAUACUGGAAUUUGCAUAUUGAUAUUUGCUGGUGCUGGUGGCCAUCGCAAUGAAGUCCUCAGUGUGGACUUUCAUCCUUCUGAUAUAUUUCGCAUUGCUAGUUGUGGGAUGGAUAAUUCAGUUAAGAUCUGGUCUAUGAAAGAAUUCUGGCCUUAUGUGGAGAAGUCAUUUACUUGGACCGAUCUUCCAUCUAAGUUCCCUACAAAAUAUGUACAGUUUCCUAUGUUCAUAGCUUCCAUCCAUACAAACUAUGUUGAUUGCACUAGGUGGCUUGGUGAUUUUAUCCUUUCAAAGAGUGUCGACAACGAGAUUGUAUUAUGGGAACCGAAGAUGAAGGAGCAUUCUCCUGGCGAGGGUACAGUUGACAUCCUUCAGAAAUAUCCAGUCCCAGAGUGUGACAUAUGGUUCAUCAAGUUCUCAUGUGAUUUCAAAUACAAAGCAGCUGCUAUAGGAAAUAGGGAAGGGAAGAUCUACCUAUGGGAUCUACAAACCUCCCCCCCUGCUCUCAUUGCCAGGCUAUCUCACAGCCAAUCAAAAUCUACAAUUAGACAGACAGCAGUGUCCUUUGAUGGGAGCACCAUUCUUAGCUGCUGUGAAGAUGGAACUAUAUGGCGCUGGGACGUUGUUGCAAGUUCUUGAGAUCUUUUUAACGCAAAGUUUGUGUGGCUUUGAUUUAUGGGAAAAUUACUAUUAGCCCCCGAGUUCAUGUCCUAAUUAUUAUUGCAACCUUGCAUUUUCAAAAUUCAAUUUGUUACCCCCUGAGUUUUGGUCAUUCUCACUAUAUGCCCCUCAUGUUAAUAUUUGUUAAAUUAAAUUAAAUAUAACUCUUAAAUACAAUGUAAGUUGUCUAUAAAUUAAUUUCUAAAGUAUAACAUAAUUUAUUAUCAUAAUUAUAAGUCUUGAUUGUUAUUUUUCUACUUAGUUACUCGAUCGUGGAAUAACUAUUAUUGUGAGUAGUUAAGGGGGAGAUUCACGAGUAAUAUUCAUGGGAUACAUCAAAGAAAGUUCUUUAAAAAAUAUGUUGUCAAAAUUAUAGGCACUUUUCAUGUUUAGCAAAGAAGAAAUACCGAGAAAAAAGGAAUUUCAUCAUUUCAUGACCUAAAAGAUAGAUCAAACAUCAAUAAGCGACCUAAAAUAUAGAAGAAUGUAUCAGUAUAAGAGCUAAAUAAUGGAAAGAUAUCUAUCUAAGACUUAAAAUAACAUAGAUUUUGAUUUAUUUAAAUAUUUUAUUUACUCUAUUACUAAUUUGUGAUAAUUCUAUCUUCACAAUUUUUUUACAGUAAAAAGUUUAUUAGUUUUAUAAGAUUGAAUGAUAUUUAAGUUUCUAAAAUAGAUUAUCGAAAUUCAUGAUAUUUUAUAUCUUACGUAGUACUUGUGAGUAUUUUCCAUUAACUUUUCUCAAUAAUAUUUAUUUCACGAUUGAGUAGCUAAGUAGAAAAAUAAUGAUCAACAAUAAUGAAUUUUAAAUAUGAUAAUAAUUCGUGUUUUUAAUUUAAAAAUUAAUUUUAUAAACAAUUUUCAUUAAAUAUAAGAGUUAUAUUAAAUUUGAUUUAACAAAUAUUAAUGUGAGGGACAAAGAAUGGGAAUGAUCCAAACUCAGGGGGUAACUAAUUGGUUUUUGAAAAUGCAAGGUUAACUAAUAAUAAUUAUCCCUUCAUUUAUUAUUACUGUGGAUUUUAAUGAAAACAGGAUUCAUAGUUUUUGGAAUCUAUUGUUUUCUCACUAUGGGCCAGUGAAAAAAUCUGAGAAGUUGAUGUAAACACAUUCAAUUUGUCCAUAUUGCCAAAGCUGGUAACAAAGCUACACGCGGUUCCAUGUGAACUCGAGUUUUAAAAUGAGCUUUGGAUAUUC